AUGUCUACGGUGGCGGUUCGAGGAAAGUAUCCGUUCUUUCACCGUGAGAAUUUCACUGGCGUCGAGACCAUCGCUUCCUGCACCCAUAACACGGCCAAACGAUUGUUCAAUCCCGAGAGACGCCUCGACGUGAUAUGCAACGAGCGUGGCGAGUUGGAGGACGCCAUUGCCAGAGUCUGCACGAAGAACGCCGCCAUCUUUGUUGCUGAUCGAGCAGAACAUAUCAAACACGAACGCAUACCUAGCUACGUUGUCGUCGAGCACUAUCAAUUCUCAGACUCGCGGAGGAUCUUUCUGCCGGGGAAGCCCGCUUUACGCACGUUGCAGUACCUGUUCGUGACCAAAGCCAAAAGGUGCCAGAUACUUUCGUUCGCGCGAGAUUUACGGAACGCCGGGUAUCGAGACGUGGCGUUUCUGGCGUUCGACGACGCGGGCGUCGGCUCUGUCAUUCGUGCGAACGCAACAGGAGAGGAGAUUACAUUGCGAUCCGUGGGAUCGUGUACAGCAUUUACGAGCAAUGUGGAUCGAAUUCCAACGUUCGCCACGGAUUCCCGUAGGUACUGUCCGCGAGGUGGAUGCUCGGUGAAGUACGGAAUCGUGGCCGACGCGACGGUGAGAUUCUGGCGCAAAGAGGACACGCUGAAGCUGAAACAAAACGAAUCUCUGCAAGCGGUCGGCGGAUUGCUGGUGGAGCACUUCGGGGAUUACUAUAACAUCACCGUCGACUCGAGCGCCGGCAAUAGCAUGACCUGGCCCGACGCGAUCACGAAGCUCAUUAACCGCGACAUAGACGUGAUAGUCGGCCCCAGGCCGGAGGAUCUUGCCAUCUUCGACAACAUGGAGAUCAUCUGCUGGUACAUGUACCGCGACAUGGUGUUCGCCGGUCUGGUGCACGUCAGGACCAUCCAGAACGACGUCCUCAAGAUGCUGAUGCCGUUUCACUAUCUUGUCUGGCUGUGCGUCGUCUCGUUGCUCCUAAUUUACGUCCUGUUGUUGAUCGCACUCAGAAAGUUGUCCCACAUCGGGCUGAUCAAGGAACGCGUGAAAUACGAGUACGUAUUCUCGAUACUGAUGUCGCAGGGCGUCCACUUGCCAAGGAACAUCGGAUUGAGAUUAGUGUUGCUUCUGUGGAUCCUGUUCUCUGUCUAUUUGAGCAUCACGUACAACAGCACGUUCACCAGCUCCGUGGCCGAGGUCGAGACCGAGGAUCUGCUGAAGGAUCUCAAGCAAGUACGUGACACCGGUCAACCCCUAGGAGGACCCGAGAUCGUUCUCUCUUAUUUCAACAACUCGGACGAUCCGGCCGUAGGGGAGUUGCGAGAGAGGUACAAGGCGAUAGGAGCGGAAGAAGCACUGGAAAGCAUACUCGAGAGGGAUGGAAUCUCAGUGUUGCAACACUUCACCGUGCACAGAAUCAACUGGGACUACAGGAGCAAUCGAAGUCUACGGAUGUACGCGUUGCCAAAACCGGUGUUGAGGUUUCCGGUGUUCUUAUUCACCAGAAGAGGAUACGUUUAUCGAAGACCAUUGAGACAACUCGUUACGCGUUAUCGAGAAAUAGGGAUGAUAUAUAAAUUGGAGAACGUGUCCAUGAUCGAGGAGGACAAGCAGAUCGCCCUGAGCCAGUCCACGGAUGAAAUUCUGACCAUGAAGCAUCUCCGUCCCAUAUUCGAGAUACUUUUCAUGUGCCAGGGAAUCAGCUGUCUGUUAUUGUUCGUCGAGUUGCUGCACGAUCGUAUAUUAAAUACGUCUUGA